GUCAACAUAUAUACAAGACAUCCGUGCGAAAAGGAGCAGGUGUCACAGAAGCUUUUCUCUCUCUCACUCUCUGGCUCUGCCCCUUUUCUCACAGCUACGCACAAACACCGCGCGCUACCUGUCUCAUUCCGCCUUGCACAAUCGUUCCCCCGUUUCCACGUGUGUCCAAACAUACUUCUUACUUCUUUCGCUCUCUUUAUUUAGCUUCUCGCAGGGGCAGCAGCAUAAACACGCCCCCGGUCAGGCCCAGCAGCACUUCAACAAUCCACGGGCAAGGGCACGAUAAUAAAGCCACCACCAGCACGCGGCUUCCACUCGUUAUAUCCACCUCCAGCCACCUCGACUUCUACCUCAUCUGGCAUCCCACCGUGCAUUGUGGAAAUCCCUCUUUUCUGUAUCUACUCUGUACCCGUUUCGAUAUACCAGGGACCUUGACAUCUGGGACAUUUUCAGUUGCUCCCUCACCCACCGACGCCGCCGCAGUUUCUUCAUCUUCUCCCGUUGUUGGCAACGCCUACCUCUGCCCACUCUGUCCGUCGUCCCUUCGCUGACCUGGAGGAUCUUCGAAUGGGAAUCCCAUUGAUACGCAACUGCAUGCAACUCCUACUCCACUUACACCCACGACGACCCGACGCAACUUGACGUCCAUCUUCAUCAUGACGAUGGCUCAGUCGCAGAUGCAGCUGUCUACGCCGCAUUCGACACCAGACCUGGGUGUAACUGUUCCACCGGUAUCGAUUUGCCUCCCCAACGAUGCCAAUGCUCGACUGCGAAGCCGUCUGGCUCUGGAUACCUACUCGUCGCCCGUCAACCAGAAUGGCAGCUUUGAAUUCGACCGCGUCGUGAAGAGCGGCUAUCUGCAGAAGCGCACGCAAAAGACGAAGGCUUGGAAAUCAAUCUACCUCGUCCUCAGACCUAAUGCGCUUUCCAUCUACCGAUCUGACAAGGAGGACAAGCUGCGACACAAGCUGUACUUGGCCGAUUUGACGGCCGUCGCUCUGCUCAAGGACCCCAAAAACAAGAGAAAGAAUGUGUUCGGGCUGUUCUCGCCGGCGAGGAACUACCAUUUUCAGGCCAGCAGCAGCCACGAUGCCGAAGAAUGGGUUGAGUUGAUUAGGAACCAUGCCCGGAUCGAGGAGGAACACGAGGAGCUGCUUCUCGCAAGCCCGACGGGACGGCGCCAGUCGUAUAUGGCUGUCAGCAGCUCUGGCCAAGCCGGGGAGACGACGAAAGCCGAGAGAGUGGCAUCAAGCUCCCCAGAGCCGCUAGAACCCCCGGUGCCACUCUUCGUCGGCUCAACCCAUCGCCGCCCAUCCCAGAUGGCGGACACCGCUGGCUAUUCGGGCAAUGAACUGGCGUCGCAUUCCGACUUCUCCGACAAUGACAUACAGCGGAUACAGGGAAUGUCAAUCGAGAACUUGGCUGUCCAGUCCCCAUGCGAGGGCUCGCAGGAUCGGCCUGGCCUUGGACGCAAUGCGAGCCAGGUUAGCGGCCUGAACGUCGAGCAAGACCCGGAUCGUGUCAUCUGGCAGGGCUGGCUCUGGUUCCUCAAGAGCAAGGGCGGCGUGAAGCAAUGGAAGAAUUUAUGGGGUGUCCUCAGACCGCGGAACUUCAUCCUUUACAGGGACGAGUCUGAGUACACUGCGCAGUUCAUCAGACCCAUGUCGGCGAUUGUGAACGUGGUAGACAUCGAUCCUGUCAGCAAAACCAAGAAGCACUGUCUCCAGCUCAUCACGGAAGAAAAAAGUUACCGAUUCUGUACUCACGACGAAGAGUCGCUUAUCCACUGCCUCGGCGCAUUCAAGAGCUUAUUUGCCAAGCGACGAGAGCUCGAAACGCGGGGUCCUACUGGAGGAAACCAGUCCACAUCUGCAGUAUGAGAGGCUGCAUAUACUUGGCAACCCAUGGAGUUCCUUUUUUCUUUCUGUUUCUUCAGCGGGAGUCUUUGCCGUAAUCCCUUUUCUCUUUUGUUUACGACACAUGAUACAACGAUACACACAUGGGGCUCGACAGAGCCCAGGAGACACACUAGCUAGUAGGGAGUCAUACAGCUUUCGCCAUGCUGGCAAAGGGCUCUGUAACCGGUGCAAUCCUCGGAGAACACAUGAACGGGACAGACCGGGGAGUGCCUAGCCGGUCAACUGUUUGUUUUAAGAUGGCAGUAUAUCCUAAUGUGGUAUUGUGGCAGACCGAGGCUGCCGACAUCACUCCACGGGGGUGGAUUACGAUUAAUGAUGAAUAUGAAUCAAUAUUUGAUAACAACAUACAUCCCAUAAUUUCCGUGAGCAUCAUGUGGACUGAGUCUCUGGCGUUGACCAGCCAAGGAAAGUUCCCAGUCAAGGUUUGGCCGAGUGCCAAGAACGCGACGAAAUGAUCACAAUUUCUGAUUGUCGGCCAGUGUAUGAUUCUGCCGUGGGUAUCUGGGUCCAACCCGCAUUGAGCCAGAGGCAGCAGAUGUUGUUGAAAUCGACAAUAGCCCCGAUUGGAUCUGCCAACGGCAUCAAUAGAGACACGUUUGUCUUCAAGAUGCGGUGCGGGAGUUCUCCCAAGACGGGGGACAGGAGAAAGAAGCACUCGCUAUCACUGCACUGGACAUCGUGGUGAACGUAGACUGUGGCGAAUGAGAGAGGCGCAUGGCUCUGGCCCCACAAUGUCAGCUCGGUCGGGUGACGUGGGUCCCUCUUCGGACGGUCCUAUCGCGCGGCGUCCCGGCCACACCAACCUCACCCCCUUCACCGUUAGGGGGUCAGGACGUCGGGACGCCACCACAUCCCCAGACCCUCGCCGGGGCGUAGCUCUUUAUUCCCAAGUUCAUGCCGUCUCUGCCCAUUAACACC